GAAACUGAGAUAUUGAAGCUUUGGCAGCCCCAGCUGCAGUCAGUCUGGAGUAUAUCCAUCCAGGCCCAAAGAUGCGCAAAGGAGAGCACCGCUGCGGUAUGUUAGACUAAUAGCGUCGCAGCAGAAGUGGAAAAAACCCAAGAAUUUGGUCGAUAAAGAAGGAACGAUGGCAAGAGCGGCGCUGGCAGCCGAACCCACCAUCAAGGUGGCGGCAAUCAGCGGCUCCCUCCGCAAAGCUUCCCGCACCCGUGGCCUCAUCCGCUGCGCCAUUGAGCUCAGCAACGAGUCCAUCCCUGGGAUGCAAAUCGAGCACGUCGACAUCGAGCCUCUCCCCUUUCUCAACACCGACCUCGAGAUUGCCGGCAAGUAUCCUCCUCCUGUCGAGGCCUUCCGCCGCAAGAUCCGCGAAGCCGACAGCAUCUUCUUUGCUUCCCCAGAGUACAAUUACUCCCUCUCAGCUCCUCUAAAGAAUGCUAUCGACUGGGCCUCUAGACCCCCAAAUGUUUGGGCAGACAAGCCAGCAGCUAUAGUAAGCGUAUCUAGUGAUUCUGGGGGUAAACAAUCACAGUACCAUCUGCGUCAGAUCGGCGUCUUUCUUGAUCUCCAUUUCAUCAAUAAGCCAGAAUUAUUCAUUGUAGUGCAGCAGCCUCCAAAGAAGUUUGAUAGUGAUGGGAAUUUGAUAGAUCCUCAAACCAAGGAACAGCUAAAACAAGUCCUUGUAUCAUUACAGGCUUUUACACACAGACUCCGUCAUGAUUCCUAAAUUAGACUUGGUUGGGCAUCUCGAUUUUGCUUCUUGCUAGCAAUGUUGGAGUUACAAUAAGUAUCAUUGAGGGAACAAAUCAUUACUUAUUUGUGAUGUAUUUUGAUGCCAAAUGUUGUUUUUGUUCAUUCAACUGGCUGUUUGGGUACUUUUUGGGCGUCUAUGACUGAAGGUGUACGUUUGGUGUAUGGAGCUCCCGCAAACAUCUGACUAUUGCUGAUUGUUUGAAUUUGAAUCUUUUGUUUUUCUUCUUUUUAGCAAA